CCCUUAUGUGUAUCCCACUGCCGGAUGGGUGGGAUCGCUAGGAAUCGUAGCCAUCGGAAGCCAGUCGCUUACGGGCUGCCUCAUCGAUAGGAGCAGUGCUGUUUCAACUCCCGAUCUUUUUUUGUUUUGUUUGGGGGGUAGUAGCUCUUAACAUUUACCCUUAACAUUUCCAAAUGUGUUGAUCUACAAGGUAGUUCCUCUUCUUUUUCCACACCCCACCCCCAUAUAAAAUUAGAUCAAAAUUUGGACUGUACAUAUUUCCCUUUGCGCAAAAAGUUGAACAAAGUCUGGAUUGUGUUGCACAGCGGCCGUUCCAUUCGAUCCGCGUCACUGAACUCUUAAAAAACAAACAAAAAAAAGACAAUUGAUGUUCCUGUUCAUUGUCAUUCAUCGAUUUGCUGACGGCCACUAAACAAAAAAUAGUUUGUCUACUAUUUGAUCUCCAAUUUGCUGCAUUUUCACGUCCGUGUGCGGGGGCGUUGUUGUUCGGGACGUUCGGGAAAAGCCGGUCGUUGACGACCUUUUUUUUUUUAAAUCUUUGUGCCAUCAGGGCAAGUUUUUAUCGCACUGUCUAAGACACGGCGAUCAAAACGAGCCAGGUAAAAAAACGAUCGGAGUGCGAGGCCGGGACGAGCGAACUCGAUGCAUUGAGCGCCAUGGCCGCGGCAGCAGUGAGGAAGCGAGAAAAGUGGAAAUGGCUCCUUCCGUCGACGUCGUCCGCUCAAACGACAACUAGCGGAACUCUAAAAGAAACCUUCCGGGCAGGUGAUAUCCGCUUGUCGCCCUAUUUGGCCUCGUCUGCUCGGCCGCCGAGAUGGAACAGCCGCUCUUUCACCUGCCUCUUAGCCAUCGCCUUCCUCAUCCAGUGCGUCUCGGCGCUUCCGCCCGUCAUUCGAAUAGGUGGUAUUUUCCGAGAGGACCAGAAGGAUGGCAGCGCUGAAUUGGCCUUCAAGUACGCCGUCUACCGGUUGAAUCGUGAACGCACCAUUUUACCCAACACGACGCUGGUGUACGACAUCCAGUACGUGCCGAGAGACGACAGCUUUCGAACGUCCAAAAAAGCGUGCAAGCAGAUUGAUUUUGGAGUGCAGGCCAUUUUCGGGCCAUCGGACCCAGUUUUGGGACCUCACGUCCAGUCAAUUUGCGACGCGCUUGACAUUCCGCACCUAGAGACUCGACUGGACCUGGCGUCACGGACUAGCGCGCGGAGCGAACUCUCCAUUAAUUUGCAUCCGUCGCAAGAGGUGCUCAACGCAGCCUACAAGGACUUGAUGCGCUUCCUCAACUGGACCAAAGUCGCCAUCAUUUAUGAAGACGAAGGAGGUUUGUUACGACUGCAGGACUUGGUUCGGUCGCCGCCCACCAGCAAAAUGGAGGUGCACAUUCGACAAGGCACGGUGAACACUUAUCGCCAAGUGCUACGCGAGAUCAAGCAACGAGACAUCAACAACAUUAUCGUCGACACGCGGACAGAGCACGUCCACACUUUCUUCCGAGCCAUCUUACAACUACAAAUGAACGAUUAUCAGUAUCACUACCUCUUCGCCUCACCGGAUUUGGAAACGUUCGAUUUGGAAGAUUUCAAAUACAAUUUUGUCAACAUUUCGGCGUUUCGCAUCGUCGAUGCCGACAGCAAUUUCACACGUAAUCAGCUGAGAGACAUGGAGAAAUUCCAGCCAGUCGGCCAGAGUAUUCUCAAUAAAUCAAACAUCAUUCAGGCAGAACCAGCUCUGGUCUACGACAGCGUGAUGGCGCUAGCUCACGGCCUGGCCGCCCUGGAUCGAGGCACAGCUCUUCGGCUGGCCAACCUCUCGUGCGAUAUCGAGCAGCCGUGGAAUGACGGAUCGUCGCUCUUCAAUUACAUCAACACGGUGGAAUUCGUCGGGCUGACGGGCCCCGUCCGUUUCAAAGAAGGACGUCGCUCUAAUGUCACGCUGGACCUGCUCAAGUUGAAGCGUGAGAACCUUACCAAAGUUGGCGAGUGGAACGCCGAGAUGGGACUCAACAUUACAGACCCGGUGGCCUUUUACGAAGGCAGCACACCCAACAUCACUCUUAUCGUCAUGACUAACGAGGAAAUGCCGUACGUGAUGCGCCGAUCGGAACGUAAUUUGACCGGUAACGACCGCUAUGAAGGAUUCAGCAUUGACCUACUUAAAGCCAUCGCGGGAAUGGUCGGUUUCAAUUACGUCAUCGAAAUGGCCCCCGACAAAAAGUAUGGAGCUCCCGAUCCCGAAACGGGAGAAUGGAACGGCGUUGUCCGUCAGAUUCUCGAGAAGAAAGCUGAUUUGGCCGUCGGAUCGAUGACAAUCAACUACGCUCGAGAGAUGGUGAUUGACUUUACCAAGCCGUUUAUGAACCUUGGCAUAAGCAUCUUGUUUAAGAUCCCGACCAGUCAGCCGACUCGUCUCUUUUCCUUUAUGAAUCCACUGGCGGUGGAGAUUUGGUUGUACGUCAUGGCCGCCUACAUCCUGGUCAGUUUCACUCUGUUUGUUAUGGCGCGCUUCUCGCCCUACGAGUGGAACAAUCCUCACCCGUGCAACAGCGACAGCGACGUCGUCGAGAAUCAGUUCUCCAUCUCCAACAGCUUCUGGUUCAUUACGGGAACGUUUCUUCGUCAAGGAUCGGGACUCAAUCCGAAGGCGGCAUCAACGAGGAUUGUCGGCGGUAUUUGGUGGUUCUUCACGCUGAUCAUUAUCUCAUCGUACACGGCCAAUCUGGCGGCCUUCCUCACCGUUGAACGAAUGAUUGCGCCUAUCGACUCGGUCGAGGAUUUGGCCGACCAGAGCGAAAUUUCUUACGGCACGCUCGACGCAGGAUCCACCAUGACUUUCUUUCGAGAUUCUCGUAUCGAGACGUAUCAGAAAAUGUGGCGCUACAUGGAGAGCAAAAAACCGUCCGUCUUCGUCUCGACUUACGAGGAAGGCACCAAACGCGUCAUGGAAGGCAAUUUCGCUUUCCUGAUGGAGUCCACCACGCUCGACUACGUCGUCCAACGCAAUUGCAACUUGACCCAGAUUGGCGGUCUUCUCGACUCGAAAGGCUACGGCAUUGGGACACCGAAAGGCUCCCCUUGGCGGGAUAGAAUAUCAUUGGCCAUUUUGGAACUGCAAGAGAAAGGUUCCAUUCACCUGCUUUACAACAAGUGGUGGAAAGACACUGGAGACGUUUGCAACCGAGACGAUAAGAAUAAAGAGUCAAAAGCAAGUGCCUUGGGCGUUGAAAAUAUCGGUGGAGUGUUUGUUGUCCUACUGUGCGGUUUGGCAAUGGCCAUCGUCGUUGCCAUUUUGGAGUUCUGCUGGAAUUCGAAACGCAACGCCCAGCAGGAGAAGCAAUCGCUCUGUUCGGAGAUGGGCGAGGAACUUCGCUUCGCAUUGCGGUGCCAAGGAUCCCGCCAGCGGCCUACAUUGAGACGCAGUUGUCUUCGAUGCACGCCCCCGAGUCACACUUAUGUUCCGACCAAUCACGACGUUCCACCUCUUCACGGGCAGGAAAAUGGUGUCAUGCCAAUGAUCGAAUUGCGCAAAGCGUCUAUCGUUCACAGCUACGACCUAGACAACUAAAAUAGUAAAAAAUAAUGAGAUAAACUGCAAGAGAGGACCUCUUCGUUGGACAACAACGAAAUCUAUGCGAAGCAACAUUGUCAAGGAGUCAAAUGGAAGAAACGUGAAAUCGAAAAACAUCUCGUUCCCGAAGAAGAGAUGGUGGUCCGGGCAACUCCAGUGGAAUAGAGGGCGGGAUAACGUGUACGAAACAUGAUGACAGAAGUCUAAAAAAAUGCAAAAAAAAAAAAAAAAAGGAAAAAAAAUUGUGAUGGAUAAGAAAGAGAAAGCUUCUUUUGUUUAUCAUUUAUAUUUAAACUUGCUAUGUACAUUUUUAUUAAAAUUCCUUGCAUCUUC